AUGACGAAAGUUAAAAUUGGGGUUAUUGGUGGAAGCGGACUUUAUCAUUUGGACCAUAUGAAAUUUAUAAAAGAAAUUUAUCCGGAAACUCCAUGGGGUUAUCCAAGUAGUAAAAUUAUAAUAGUUGAGGACUCAAGAGGUUUUCAAGUUGCUUUUCUCACUAGACACGGUAUAGGACAUAAAUAUAAUCCUAGUGAAGUUCCUUCGAGAGCUAAUAUAGCAGCAUUAAAACAUAUCGGUGUAGAGAUAAUCAUUGCAUUUUCUGCCGUUGGAUCACUUCAAGAAGAAAUUAAAUGUCGAGAUUUUGUUAUUCCUGAUCAAAUUAUUGAUCGUACCAAAGGAAUUCGACCUUCCACAUAUUUUGAAGGUGGAGUCGCUGCUCAUGUAACAUUCGCGGAUCCAUUUGAUUCUUUACUUGCUGAUAUAAUUUAUUCAAACCGUAAAUGCAUUGAAGAACCCGAAAAUUCUGAAAAUGAUGAACAAUACCGACCGAAAGUAACUUUACAUCGUAAUAAAACAUUGGUUUGUAUGGAAGGACCAGCAUUUAGUACUAAAGCUGAAUCUAAAUUAUAUCGUAGUUGGAAUUGUGAUGUGAUUAAUAUGUCAGUAUUACCUGAAGCUAAAUUAGCAAAAGAAGUUGAAAUUGCGUAUCAAAUGAUUUGUAUGUCAACAGAUUAUGAUUGUUGGAAACAAGAUGAAGAAGCUGUUACAGUAGAAAAUGUAUUAAAAAAUUUAAAUCAAAAUGUUGAAAAUGCGAAAAAAUUAUUAUCAGAGAUAUUACCUGACUUGGAACAAGCUUUAAAUGAUGGAAAAUUUGAGAAUCUAAAAGGAGUGAUGAAAAAAUCUUGCAUAACUAAUAGUAAAGUUAGGAAUGAAGAAACGAUUAAAAAGUUAAAUUAUGUUUUGCCCGGAUAUUUUGAAUCAUAA